AUGCAAAGUGCUCCGCCUGACAAUGCAGUUACCUAUAAAUUGGUAGUCGUCGGCGAAGGUGGUGUUGGAAAAUCUGCCUUGACGAUUCAAUUCUUUCAAAAAAUGUUUGUUGAAGAUUAUGAUCCAACUAUUGAAGAUAGUUAUAUUCAACAUGUCGAAGUUGAUCGACAAGUUUGUGUACUUGAUGUCCUUGAUACUGCUGGUCAAGAAGAAUUUUCUGCUUUACGAGAACAAUAUAUGCGUAAAGGUGAUGGUUUUCUUAUUGUUUAUUCUGUGAUUGAUGCUAAUUCAUGUAAGAAUACUCGACAAUUUUAUAAUCAAAUACUUCGUGUCAAAGACAGAAAAUCUUAUCCAAUGAUUCUUGUAGCAAAUAAAAUUGAUUUAGUUCAUUUACGAAAAAUAUCGGAAGAAGAAGGUCGUGAAUUAGCAGCUGAAUUACAAAUUCCAUAUAUUGAAACAAGUGCCAAAGUUCCACCAGUAAAUGUUGAUGCUGCUUUUCAUGAACUUGUUCGUGCUAUACGACAACAAACUCAAAAUCAAAAUCAAAAUCCAAUUAAAAAGAAACGAAAGAAACGUCGAUAUCUAAAUCGUUGCCGUCUUAUGUAA